AUGAGUUUUGGCGCUUCUCCAUCUGAUAUUAUAAUUGUCGUUGCAUUCUGCAAAAAUCUAUACCGAAAAUGCAGAGAUGCUGGCGGGGAAUACGAUGAGAUCUCCCGCGAAGUCAGAGGACUGCAUACAGUGCUGCGACACCUAAAAUACGAAGUUGAGGCGCCGGAGUCGCCGCUAAAUCGCGAUCACUCGGUAUGGGGUCGUCAGCUUCAGCCGAUCAUAGGGAAUUGCGAUUUGACUCUACGCCAACUUGAUGAACUGCUGCAGAAAUAUGGCAGGCUUGGGAAUGAUGGUGGUGGGAAAUCGCCUUCGUCGCCGAGGGUUUUAUGGGAUAAAGUCCGUUUUGGCAGUAAUGAGAUGGACCAACUAGGAGCCAUUAGAGUGAAGUUGAUUUCGCAUAAGACGAGCAUGACGCUUUUCCUAGAUACUAUCCAAUUACACGAGUCCGGAAAGAUGUCGACAACCCUAGAUAAUCAUGGAGGCCAAUUGGACAUCAUACUCGAUAAGGUCGAUUCGAUUGCUUCCAGGAUGCCCCAGAAAUCUGGGGGAAGUGUGAUGACAAGCUAUGAUGACGACGAUAAAGAGGUCUGGAAACAAUUUCGAAGAGAGCUGGUUUCGGAAGGGUUCUCUAGCUCUGUUUUGCAGCAGCAUAAGGAUGUUCUACGAGCCUAUAUUCGAGAGAUUGACCAAAAAGGCCUUUUGGAUGACAUUCCACGAAUUGGUAAUCCAAAUGACCCCUCGCAAGGUGUUAAUCCACAUUUGUGGCUCGAAAAUGCACAUACAGGGUCAUCUGUUGAUACUCCCCCAUCAUUUGACUCCUUGGAUACCCCCACAGAUGACGGCAGAGCGAAGGAGAUAGCAAUUCGAGAAGAUAACCUGAAAUUUCCCCAAUCCAUGAAACUAGAGCGAUUGCAGCCCGAGGUCCAGAGAGAUUUGGGUUCGCUACAACGACCUGUUGUCCCAGCGCAGCGGAUACCGAUUCCAACAGCAAUACCUGUAAUCAAUAGAAACGCUCAGCCGGAGCCGUUUCCGGUUCCAGUACUUACAACUUCUGAUAACAAGGAAAUACAGUAUUAUAAUACUAGUGGAUCAUCAGAUGACGAUUCGAAGACUGAUAACUUAUCCAGGCGCUCCAAAUCUCCUUCUAAAGGCGCCCUCAUUAGAACUAGUGAUUUGCUUGCCUUGAGUCGAGCAUUGCAAGUACAGCCGUCUGGAUCGCCCCAGAGUUUUAGAAGUCAAAGUUCGUUUGGUGAAGAUGACGCGAGACGCUCAAUUGCGUAUAGGCCGAAGGAACAAUCGAGUCUCAGCUCUUCGCCUCUUCAGAUAGGAGCGAUUCCUAUCCCAUCAGCGAAUCCAAGAAGUUCCACUGAACGCUUUGGUACUAGCCCGAGACCAGAUUCAUCGCGCCUGGCUCCAGAUGCGUAUGGUAAUGAAAUUCCUUCCGACGCGAAAUGGACAAAAAUGGCUCGGCGCCUAGUGUCUCCGGAGGUACUCGCCCAGGAUCGGAGAAGGUAUGAAGCACGUCCUGACUUCGUUGCUGUACUGGGAGUUCUCAGCCGAGACGAAAUCGAAGAAUACGCAGUUCGCUCCCAAGUCCUACGAGCAGCUCGAUCUCGACGCAGUCAUCCCACACCGGCACCUUCCCAAACCCCUCGUUCUGCUCAACGAGCCCCUGAGCGUCGUGGGCGCGAUACGCCUUCGACAGACGAGGACCAGUCUUCGGAUUCUGACCACGAUAAGAGCAAGCAGCGAAGGAAAGCUAGUCGCUCGUAUACCUCGUCUAAUGUUAGUAGCACAACACCUCGAUCAGGGUAUCCUGAUCCCUUUAGAUCCCAGCCACCACCAUCACCUAUGUCACCACCAUCCUUCAUGUCACAGCCAGGAUGGAUGCCUGAACCUCCUCACGAGAAGGAUGGUCAAGGAGGAUCCUGGAACCCUACAUCAGCUCAAGCAGGACAAGAUUAUACGUAUAGACCUUCCAAGGAAAAGGAGAGGGAGAAGGAAAGAGAGUCUUCACGGAGAAAUCAUCGCAGUUCGUCGAGACAGUCACACUCGUCGCACUCGUCACAUUCGAAAAACAAGAAUCAAAAGGAAAAAAGCCACUGGAAAGAAAGUGUGACCGCAGCAGGAAUUGGCGGCGCAGCUGCAAGUUUGUUAAGUGUAUUAGCUGAGACUGCCAAGGGCCUCUGA